CAUAAUCAGCUGGGUGUCAGUCCUCCCCGCAAGAGCAACAACAACGACGUUGUGUUUUAUGUAUUAGAAUUGCACCGUUAUAUAUAAGUCCGGAACGGAAGCCACCCCCUGCAACAAUGUCCCGUGGACCCAAACGAAAUGUUGCCUUCAUCAAACCGGACGAGCCGGACUUUCUGAAGCGAAUGAAGGCGCAGAUCGGCUACAAGGAGGGACCGACCGUCGAUGAGAAGCGGCGGAGGAUUGAAAAUCUCUCGGAUUCGGACGACGACGACCGGGAGGAGCGGGAAGACGAAAAGCCCCAAGUGGUGGUUCUCAAGGAGGGAGAUCUUACCGCCGAGCAGGCCGCUGAAGCGAAGAAAGUUCUUUUUCUCUGUUUUGUCCUUUUUGUGUUUACGAAUAUCAUUGUUCCGGACUAUGAGGAAAAUUUUACAAAUGAGGCGAUGCGCACAUUAACAAGAUGCACAACACUUCCCGGAGGAAGACGAAAAACCGGCCGACCUCAACCAGAAGAUCGUGUUCAAAUCGAAAAAGUCCAAAACGGGAGGCAGCGUUGACGACGCCCAGGUUCUGGACCGGAAGGCUAAGAAGAAAAAGCAAAAGGAGGCCCAGAGUAAGCUUUCAUUUGGCGAUGAUGACGAAGAGGGGGAGGAAGAAGAUUGAGUUGAGCAUUUUGAGUGUUGAAGUAUGUCAU